CGAAAUCAGUGGGUUAUACUGAUUUUUUUUACUGAUUUUGUCGAUGCACAGGGAAAAAUAAAACUAUAGGUUUUACUUUGGGUACGUCCGAUGGUGGUACAAUGGACCAGUCUUCAACUCUUCAUCGAUUACAAAUUAUUUGGGACUCUGAUAGUGACACCGAACAGUAUUCAGUUGGCAAGCAGACAGUGGCAAAAACAUCAGAUCCUGAACUAACGAAACCAGAUGUACAUCAACAUAUCACAGUGAAAAGAUUAGAUUUCUACAAAAUGCAGUACAAGCUGAAAGAAAAAAACCAAGAAAUUGAAGACCUUUCAACAAGACUAAGCGAAUAUGCCAGUCAACACCUGAUGGAGGUAAUCCCCAACAUGGCAGACCAGAGUGACAUCUACCGCCCCACAAGACUGGGGGAGAUGUACAGUCAGCUGUUUGAUGACGAGUGGUCAGAGGCAUUCGAGGCCUUCAAAUCCAAAACUGAAGAUGAUGACGACGGCAUCGCCCCUGAUAUAUUGUAUAUCCUUCAGGAUCUGUUGAUGAAUAUUUUUGAAUUUUGCAAAGACCAAUCAAAAAGCCAGAAACUUUACAUUGAAGAUAGCCUUGCUAUUGCUAUAGGAUUAAAAGAACAACAGGAAUUAUUCAAUCAAACACCAAGUGAGAAGAGCCAAGAAGUAUCAGAAGAGGGAAAGACAGAUACUGAUAAAUCUGACAGUUCUCAGAAAGAUCCAGCACAAGAACCAGAAAAAGAAGAUAAACAUUCAGAAGGCAAGGACUACAGAAAGAGUGUUAUUUACCCAACAAUUGACAGAUAUGCCGGAGACUUCCGAAAGGCAGCUGCAUUCACAUCAGCUAAAACCAAAUCAACGUUGUUCAUUGCAUCUGAGCUCCCCUUUCUGAUACCAGACGAGACUGUCCGCGCGGACGUCCGUGUGUUGACGUACGUGAGGAAGUGUGUAGAGCUUUGUUGGUACAUGUGUAUUCAGGACCCACCAGUGGUAAUCGUCUCACCUAAACAAGGACAGCUAGUGGACAAGGCCUUAUUCUCCUUCCAUGGACGCUUCGGGAAGAUCGUGGCGUUGUGUGUGUGGCCGGCGCUUCUUCUCCAUGAAAACGGACCCGUGAUGUGUAAAGGAUACGUACUUCCGGAGGAGAGGAAUCGCCAUAGAUAGAGAUAUUUAUUUAACUCUGUUGUUUUGAUUGCAAUAAUCAAAUUAUUUCUAUAAAACAUUUGUCAGACGUAAUACAAAUGAAAAAAAAAAUCUUACUUAAUAACUUAUUGAUAUUUUGAUCAAUCUGCUUUUUGUUGGAAUACAACGAGAUUACAUUCUUGUUGUUAUACUAGUACAUGUAUAUAUAAUAUAUAUGUAUACACUGAUUUUUUUAACAUAUACGUUUGGUUUACAACAAAUACUGCCUUUUAAAAAUGCUCAGUUUUCUUGAAAAUUGUAUCAAAUCAUUCAAACUAACCAAAUAUUACAAUGAAAUUUCUGUGAUUAAAAGGUACGCAGUACAGUUAAGGCGGUCAAUAAAAAUAUGGGUAAAUUUUUGUGAUGAAAACACGUAUACUUUAGUUAAACUGGCAUGUCCUUUUUAAAAUAAAUAACAGUCACUCAAAUCCAAUAUAUUUCUAAAAUAUAUAUAUAACAGUACAAUAUUUUAUGUUCAUAGUGGUCACGUGAUAUGGCAGUCGCAUGGUACAAGCAGAUGUAUUUGUGGUUUGAGGUCAUUUAAAAAAUUCAAUAUUGCAAGGGCAUAAUCAUGUCAAAAUUCACAACUGAAUUAUGAAAUAACUUGAUGUUAUAUCGUAGAUUUUGAAAAAACUUUUUAAGAUAAGAAUAUUUGUUAGUAGAAACCGUAAUUUAUAAUGCAUAUGUUUAAUAAUUUUGAAGGUCACAGGCUAAAUUUCAUUAAAAAAUAAUUAAUUUGUAAGAUUUUACAAGGAUCGUAGAAGUUUUUAAGUUACAUAGCAUAUUUCAAAUUCACAUGUAAAAGUUUGUCGAGAUCAGGUAAGCGUAUGCCCUUGCAAUUAAGUGAUUUAUUUAGGUACUCAGAUUUUAGAUAUACGAUAUUUUAUACAAAACCGAGGUGGCUUCUUUAUACGAUGCAUACUUUUAACAAAAUGAAAAUAAGACUAUAUAGGUAGCAUUCUACUAAUAAUAAUUUUAAACAAAAUAUUCAUUUAUACUUUUCUGUUAAUGUAUGACAUUUAUUUUUCUUCGCUAUAAAACUGCACGAUAGCCUUCAAUGAUUUAACUUAAUGCGUCAUUUUGAAGCAUAUGACGUCAUAUUUUGUAGUACAGCGAGAACGACAUCUCGCUUAUUUUUCAGUGUGUACGAUAUAACGGACAUCAAAAUUGUAAGUAAUAGCAUUUGUUUUUUUUAAUUAAAAGAUUAGUAUAGGUUGAUUUUACUAAUUAAUAAAUUAAUAAGUACUUUCGAGGUUUGUAAUAUACUGUGAUGUCAUAAUGCACAUUUCCCGUACUUUUUGUCUGAACGGAGUUUAUUGACAGCCUUAACUGUGCUGCGUACUUGCAACAAAUCAAAUUACUAUGGAAAAGCAAGUUGAAGGGGCUUGUUGAAUAUCGCAUCGAAAACGAUUAAUUGUGUUGUUUAAUUUUAGAAUUUUAUGGAAACAGAAGUACAAUGUAUUAUACACUUAUAUCAUUGAUUC